CUGUUGCGCUCAAUGGACAUAAUUCAAAAAUGCAUGUAUUUAUUUUUGGGUUUGUAAAUACACCUAUCUUUAGAGGAAUGUCUGCUGAUAAUAAAAAUAGAAUGUUCUUUUUUUAUUGUUUACGAAUUCCAAAGAAACAGAGAUAAAGAAAACGAAAAAUAAUUUUGUGCGUUAAUUGAAAGAUUAGUGUAAAAUUUAUUCUAUAAGAGGCACUUUGUCAUUUUAAGUUUUUUAUUAUUUUUUAACAUUAAGGAGACUAUGGAUAUUAAUUUAGAAGGACACUAUGGAGUUAAAAACUAUCGCUUUCUUCAUUUGGCCUUCUAUCCUACUCUGCAUCCUAGACGAAGUACUUCCAAUUCUCAUUCCUCAACAACCGCACAACUUUCCUGCAUUAGAACAUCUCCAUCACACCAAUGAAAACGCAGUGACCAAAGCAAUAUUUACACAAAAAGGAUAUAUUCAGUUCUUGAAGUACGUUGUAGAUGUACCAGAUAUAACCGAUUAUACUUUUUGUAUAUGGUUGAAAAGUGUCAAUUUUACUUAUAGUCAUCCUAUUUUAUCGUAUUCAAAACACGAAGAAAAACGGCUGAUACGGGUCUGGGUGUCACCUCACGGUACUCAUAUAAACUUGGAAAUUUUGGAAGAACCUGUAUUUAGCAUUCCUGUAAAUUUCAUCGAACAUGAAUGGUACCAUAUUUGUCAGUCGUGGUCUUCGAAUAAGGCCUCUUGGAGUCUUUACUUAAAUGGGAAUAUUGCUGCUAACGGCUACACACCUCAACUAAGGAAUAUCAUCAUAGAACAUGGAGGUGACAUCGUAGUGGGUCAAGAAUACACAGACUUCGAUAAAGGUCUAGAUGACGGCAUUGAAGGUUUUGUAUCUGGCUUCAACUUUGUAUUAGCAUCAACCGUCGACAACUAUCAACCAACAACCCAUUUCCAACAACUACCUCCACCCAAAUUCAUCUACAAACGGCAAAUUCCGCAACAAAAUCAAGAUGUAGAAGAUUCUACAGAAGAUUUGAAGAUGAUUAGUGUUCUUCCCAAGAAGAAACGCCAAAUAUGGGAUGACGGUUUGCAGUUCUACUAUGAACAUCAGUUAAGAGAACCUUUACCAUUGGAUAAAGGUGAAAGACCAUCGUACCAUACGCCUACAGAGAGACCUUUGGUGUAUCCAUCUUUAUAUUACUACACUCCGAAGCCUUUGGGUCUGGUUUUGGUGGAGCUUAGUAGCGAUUGUGCUUAUCUGAGAGGUGCUCCAUUGCGUGGUGACAAAGUGCUGAUAAACUGGACUAAAACUGUUGUCAGAGUGUUCGGUGGUGCUAUAAUAAAAAACGCUCCAUCUUUUUGUGCCAAGUGAAGAAAAAAAAAUGUUACUGUUGGAAUCCUUGGUAUUAAAAUAAGAAUUCUACUUCAUUUAACCACAGAACAUAAAACAUAUGUUUUAUAAUUUUUGUUAUUAGCAUUAUGAUUAAUAAUGAAGUCUUUCAAAGUCCUGUUCGGAUUAUUUGCUGAUGAUCAAUGUUAUCAUGCAACAGUGUCAAAUAGUAUUUGGAUCUAUUGUGGUUAAAUUUUUUAAAUUUUCUUUCUGUAGAAUGAAUAUGUUUUAAGGACUAAGUGGUACUAAGCAAUGGUGCUCUAACUUAUUUUUUUACUCUAUUACUUCUUUGUUAGUAUAAUAAAUGUACCUGGUAUUAGCUUGUAUUAAAUUACCCA